UGGGAGCCAAGAGGGGAGAGAGGAAUGGAUCAGAAAACACCUUGUGUCUUUCCUGGUGGUAGCUUCAAUGGGGCAAGGGAUCUCGUGAGUCAGAGCAUUGCAGGUUGUCUUCCUAGAAGAUGGUUCAAACCUAGAUCAUGCCUUUAUCUACCCUUUCCUGUUACGUGUGAUCCAGGGAUCACGCACUCCUAGUUAUACUAUGCAGAGCCAUACCUUCAACUACUCUAUACUUGUUUGGCUGGGAAUGACCCUGUCAUUCUGUGACCUGGGUGUUCUUUCUGAGUGCUUCACAGAAGCUGGCCCUGGCACAUGAGAGGGUGGUUGGGCUUUGGUUUUCUUGGUCAAUUGGCCCAUUUCAUGUCUUCUACAGUGUGUGCUGCAAGAUAUGAUGGGGGCUUCAGCUGCUUCUGCCUACCUGGGCAUGGAUGGAAUGUCAGCCUCUGCUACCACCACAAUCCCUGCCAUGGUUCAGAUCCUUUCCAUUCCUGUAACUGCAUCAUUUUCCAACAUCCUAACACUGGGUACUGCCAGUUGCUGCCACCGGUCCCUGGGAAGCUGAAUCUGGAUUCAUCACUGCCUAGUCCUGGCAGCACCUUGACCUUGGCCAUGCUCCUUAGCCACCAGGCCACUCAUCUGAGCUGGUACCUGCAGCCAGUGGAGAACCAAACCCCAGUGACCCUGCUAUCUGGAACUCAGGUGUUCCUUAGUGCUGAGAAGGACCGGGCUUUCCUCACCAUCACCAAUGUCUCCCAAGACUGGGCAGGCCGGUAUGUGUGCCGCUUUGUGUCCCGGGGUUUCCAGUGGGAGCUGCAUCAAGUGGUGAAAGUGCCCCUGCAGGCUGAUGAUGUGCUGGGACACCCGAGGCAGCUUUCUAUUUCCUGCAAUGCCUUCUCUGCUUUCCAGUUGAGAUGCUGCAUCCCCAGCACCGAUCUGAACUACACUGCCUCCUGGAGCCCUCAGAACCUAUCUAAUACCACAGAACUUUUGUCCAGGACCUCUGGAACACAGUGUCUCACUCUGGCUGUGUCAAGCUGCCCUGAGGGUGAUACCAAGUACAUUUGUAAACUGCAGAGCUUGGGACUGGACCCUGUGAGCAUCCCUGUAACCAUCUCCAUUAUCCAGGAUGGAGAUACUACUUGCCCCCAGGAUUCGUUGGGUGGUAACUGGAACGCCACUAAAGCUGGCCUCGUGGCCCGGAUCCCAUGUCCUGAGAAUAGGACAGGAGUGCUUGAAAGGCGCUGUGGGGCCCGGGGUAUCUGGGGACCCAUCAGCAGCAGCUGUACCGACGUGAGGCUACUGGCCAUGUUACGUUCAGCCCAGCUGUUGUUGGCAGGCCAAGGACAGCCCGCCAGGAAGGUGCCGCGGCUCAUGGCACAGCUGCGGGAGCAGGUAGCAGUCGUGAGUUCCCCUUCGGACUUAUUAGCCCUGUUGGGUACUGUGAAGAUCCUGGCCCAAGUGGUAACCCGGUCCGGGACAGCACUUUACCACCAGACCCUGGAGGAUUUUCUGGUGGCCACAAAUGACCUCUUGGAGUUGGAUCCCAGUUCUCUUUGGGCCCCAGCCCAGGCCCAGGAACCCUCAAUGAGUUCAGCAGUCCUGCAGGCGGUGGAGAGCCUGGGUGGAAGCCUGUGCUCCAAUGACCACCCCUUCCACCUUACCUUGCCCAAUGUGCAGCUGCAGACCCACCUUCUUGGGCCUAUGACCCCAAAGGACUACAGUGUCUCCUUCUCCACCCAUCCUCCUCUCAGAGCAAAAAUCCCCCGCCACGCCCUGGCCCAGCUGGCCUGGGAGACGGGUCAUGUCAGCAUCACCAGCCUGGUGCUGAAUAAACUGGGCCGCAUCUUGCCCAGGAACUAUGGGCAAGGCAUGCGGGAUUUACUCUACGCCCCUCCUGACUUGGUUCUCUCCAACUCCAUCAAAGAUGGCAAUCAGACUGUAACCAAGGUGGAAAUCAUCAUGGACUUUGGGGGCACGGAGGGCACUCCGACGUGCGUCUUCUGGGACCACAGCCUCUUCCAGGGCGUGGGCGCCUGGUCUGGGGAGGGCUGCGAGGCCGGAGCAGGGGACCCCAGCAGCACCACUCGGUGCAUCUGUGUGCACCUCACCUCCUUCUCCGUGCUCAUGUCUCCCCGUUCUGUCCCAGACAGCCCGACUUUGACCCUGCUGAGCCAGGUGGGUUUGGGGGCCUCCAUAGCGGCCCUGCUGUUAUGCCUGGGAACGUACAGAGUCGUGUGGAGGGUCGUGGUCAGAAAUAAGAUCUCUUACUUUCGCCACGUGGCCCUGCUCAAUGUUGUUCUCUGCCUGCUUGCCGCGGACGCCUGCUUUCUCGGGACAUCACUGUUGUCACUGGGCCCCCCCAGCCCACUCUGCCCGGCUGUCGCCUUCCUCUGCCACUUUUUCUACUUAGCUGCGUUCUUCUGGAUGCUAGGGCAGGCGCUGGUGCUAGCUCACCAGCUGCUCUUCGUCUUUCACCAGCUGUCCAAACACCACGUCCUGCCCAUCAUGUUCACCUUGGGCUACCUAUGCCCCCUGGGAUUUGCAGGUGCCACGCUGGGCCUCUACCUCCCUCGGGGACAGUAUUUACGGGAGGACGCGUGCUGGUUGGACGGGAAGGGUGGAGCGCUCUAUACUUUUGUGGGGCCAGUUUUAGCCAUUGUAGGCGUGAACGGGUUGGUGCUGGCCAUGGCUGUGGUGAAAAUGCUGAGGCCCUCGUUGUCGGAGGGGCCCCAGACUGAGAGGCGGCAGGCCCUUCUAGGAGUGAUCAAGGCACUGUUCAUCCUUAUCCCCAUCUUCGGUCUGACCUGGGUACUGGGCUUGGCCACUCUGAUGGAUGGAGGCAACAAGAUCCCUCACUACCUGUUCACAGUUCUUAAUACUUCCCAGGGGAUCUUCAUCCUAGUCUUCGGCUGUCUCACGGAUAAGAAGGUGCAAGAAGCCUUACUCAAACAGCUCUGUUGUAUUCUGCCCGUCGUCUCCACCGUCUCCCUGGUGAGUCGGCAGCGGGCCCCUUCCCAGCUGAGACAAUCCCCAGAAAGACCAGGAGGGGGAUUUAGGGCCUGA